AUGCAUCGAGUAUGCCUUACUCGCAGAUAUUCGUCUUACAAAGCUCCAAGAAGUUCCAGUUUGAUUGAUAUCAGUACUUCUGAAGCUUAUCAAGAUUCGCUGUCCCAAAAUCGCACACUGCGCAGGUUGGUCGAUGCAUACAAACAAGGGAAGUUCAAAGUUGUUGACAGCCACGAAGACUUGACUUCGUCCCUAAACUCUUCGCGAUCGCUACCUAUGAUACAGUUUCCAAAAAACCAGGUCUUUCAAGAAGUUCUCCACGAUUCUAGCGUCGGUGAAUGGCGAAAGCCCAUGACAAAAUGGCUUCGCCUUGGCAAGAAAGUUCUUAAAAUGUACCUGAACGGUAUACGAGAUACGUGGAAGGUGUAUAGAGACUCGAGGGGAGUUCUGACUAAAUUCAACGCCAAUGAACCUAUAGUGACGCAUUUAUAUCGAGAUCUGGAGUUUCAACAAAUUGAGAAUCGCCAUAGAGGUGAGGGGCCCUCAAAACUGGCUAUUACCAGAAGCGAAUUCCAAGAAGUGCACCGAAUGAAAGAGGUUUGGAAGCUGCCAACGUUUUUUUUACUACUUUUAAUUUUCGAAGAAGCAGUGCCAAUUAUAUGUUACUUACUCCCAUCGGUCGUGCCUUGGAAUUGUUUGACGCCCGGUGCGUUCAAGAAACUGUCUCAGAAGCGUAUUUCAUCACAAAACAAAUUGCCGUACGCGAAAAGUUUUGACACACUACCCAAAUAUGCGUCCCCUUAUUCCAUUCCGCUGGAGGACGUAAAAACGCUGCUCAGGACAUUUAGAGUCGCCCACAGGUGGAAGGUAGAAUUAUAUCAUUGGUCUGGAAAUAGAACCGCACCAUCCGAAUUACUGGCUCUCUUCCAUCAGUACCUGGUAUUAGAUGACUGGCUGCUUUUGCAAAGCAUUUUUGAUGAAGGCGAAGCCACAUUGCUUUGCGACAAAGAACUCGUAAACGCAAUUGUUGAAAGACAGUUAUUUUACGCUGGAGAAGACCUGAACAUCUUAGUGUCUUCGGUUGAUGGACGUAAAUUACUAGUUUGGCGUCUGUUUAUAUACUGGGCCUUCAGAUUCGAUGGCUCUUUAAUGGCCGGCGGCAGUAAGACCUUUUCUGAGUUAUGGGGCGUGAACAACAUAGGUAUUCUUAAUUUCCCCGGUUCUCGAAAGCUCAUGGAUACUUCCAAUCUUGAAACAAUCGAGACGUUAAUAAUCUGCGAGAAUUAA